CAAAAAUACAUUGUGAAUGUGGCGUGUGUUGUUUGGAUUAUUGUGAGUCGUAAAAUAAAAAACGCUUUCCGUGGUUAUCUAACUGUUGAUUUAUGUGUACAUUUUGUGUGGUAAAAUAUUAAUCUACAAGGAAACUGUCCGAAAAUUUAAUAAGCUGGACGUUUUAUGUGCGUUAUUUUUGGUGUUUUGUCAUAUGUUGCAUGCCUGACUUGGGUUUGAGGAGGACAAAAAAAAUACAUCAGUUAUUCUGAUGCUAAAUUGAUAAUGCUGUAAGUUUUUUUUACUUAACUUUUUUAAGACGUUAAAAGUAGUCAAUGAGCAAUAAAUUUAUUGAAACGUUUGCAUUUACAGCUCUUAUGAAGGAAGGUUACCAAGCAUUUUAAUGUCUUUUGAUAUCUUAGGACUCGUUGCCAUAAACAUUGAAAUAGUAACAAAAAAACCAUUAUUUUACGCAUCAAAUGGGAAUUGUCUGAGAUUUUGAGUUAUGGUGAAACAUUCAUCUUGUUAAGUUAUAUUUUUUUUAUGUUACAGAAAUAGACACGUCCCGUGUUCUGGCACGUAAUUGUAUUUUUUUCCAUAUGAUGAGGUGCCUUAUAAAUGUACUUGUUGAGCUCUAAAUCUGCGAUACAUCAUUAUGGUCAACAGAGCUGAAUCUCAAUAAUAUCAAGAUCAAGAUGAGUCAUAAUUUGGCUGGAAUGCCAUCCUAUAGGUUGCCAGGCCAAGGAUUAGGACCUCCUGAUUUUAAACCUCCUAUGGACACUCCUACACCACCAGCAUCAGCACCCAGCAAUCCAAAGAAAAGAAGAAAAACAUCAAAUGCUAAUAAUGCUUUAACACCUCAACCUCCACCCACUGCACAAGAUCUUCUGCCCCCACCUUUAACAGGAUAUGGUGAUACUAUUGUGGCUUCAAAUCCUUUUGAUGAUUCCCCGUCAACUGUUUCACAUAAUGGUCCGAUGAUGAAUCAAAAUGGGCCCAUGAUGAGUCAAAAUGGUCCAAUGGGUAUGAUGGGACCUAUGCACAGCAUGGGUGGCCCUCCUAUGAGACAUAUGAGCCCUUCUCCUCAUAGUAUGAGCCCAAUGAUACAACAAAUGCCACCAAGAGGAGGAAUCAGUCCUAUGGGUAACAUGAGCCCUAUGGGUCAUAUGGGAGGAAUGUCACCUAUGGGGGGACCAAAUAUGGGAAUGAGUAAUCAUAGUAUGGGUCCUGGAAUGGGCCCAAACUCUAGAUCAAUGGGUAGUCCCAUGAGUCCUAUGAAUUCUAUGCCAAUGGGAUCACCAAUGUCUUCAGGUCCUAUGGGAAGUCCAAUGAAUAUGGGAUCUAUGGCUGGAAGUCAUAUGAGUAAUAGUCCUAUGGGUCCACCUAUGCAUAGCCCACUUGGUGGAGGAUCAAUGAAUGGGCCUAUGAAUGGUCCUAUGGGAGGCGGUGGACCUGGCAUGAAUGUACCAAGAAUGAAUGGGCCUAUGGGGCCAAGCUGUUCAAAUGGUUCAAUGGGACCUACAAGUUCUAUAAUGUCGUCGAAUCCAAUGCAAAGUGGUGGAAUGGGCCCUGGCCAUUGUGGUCCCAUGAGGCAUGGAAGUCCAAUGGGUUCAGCUAUGGGAAGUGGACCUAUGGGUGGUAAUGGCCCGAUGACAUCUAUGGGCCCUGGACCACCAUAUGGUGGAGGUCAUAUUGGUCAUGGCGGGCCCAUGGGCAUGGGAGGAAAUGGUUCAAUGGGAAUGGGUCCGGGACCAACUAAUAUGGGAAAUUGUGGACCUUUAGCUGGCAUGAGUGGAAUGGCUAUGGGUGGUCCUGGAGGGCAAAGUGUCGGUCCCAUGGGGCAAGGAAUGGGAAUGUUUGGACCUAAACCUAUGCCUGUGAGUGCAGGCAAAGUGUAUCCCCCAGAUCAGCCAAUGGUUUUUAAUCCACAGAACCCAAAUGCUCCUCCUAUUUAUCCUUGUGGAGUAUGUCACAAAGAAGUUCAUGACAAUGAUCAAGCAAUAUUGUGUGAAUCUGGAUGUAACUUUUGGUUUCAUCGAGGGUGUACUGGUCUGACUGAGCCAGCUUUCCAGUUAUUAACAGCAGAAGUAUAUGCAGAGUGGGUUUGUGACAAGUGUUUAUCAUCUAAGAAUAUUCCCCUUGUGAAAUUCAAGCCAUAGCGCUACGCCGCACCAUCAUCACCUCUCUUAAUGCCUCCUAUUUGAGUUGCAUAUAUUUUAUACACUUUCGGCAUAUCGGGACAUAAUUUUUUUAAUAGUCAACUAUGACAAAAUAUUUGUUGGAUAAAGACAAUCUAGUCCCUGUGUCUGUAGCAGUUAACUCAUCACAACUAUUUAUUUCACAUUUGCUAAAAUGGACACUUAUCAUAAGGAAUCUUAAUGAAUCGCUUGGGCAAGUGAUCAGUUUAUGAGUAGUCUUAUUAAGAAAGAUCUCAUGUUGGAUAGUUAAAAUUAAGAAAGUUGAACAUUUGAGUUAAAAUUUAAAGAAACAAUACCUCGUUUUAUGUUUUUCAAUUGAAAUUUUGCAGUUGAUUUAAGGAACAUAACAGACGGUCCUGCUGUCUAGUCUGUAAAAUGUAUCAUUUUAUUUAUUAUUAAUAUUAAGAGGUACCAUGUGAAAAUGCAAUUAGUAUGAAAUUAUACAUGGCAUAUGUUCCUUCAUUAGGCAUAUCUGUUAAAGCAAUUCAGUGUUAUAUUUUCUGUAUGAAAACAUUUUCUGCAAAUGGACACAAAACUGAAGGUUUAAGCAAUAUGAUGGCUGCUCAAGCAGUUUCAAUGCCUGUGUUCCGUUUGUGUGCCGAUUUGGUCUGUGUAUAUUGUAAAUAUCUCUAGAUAAGUAACUAAUUAUAAACACUUUCCGCCUUAUAAACGGUGACCUAUGAGUGUAUAGUCAACUUUUAAUAAAGUAUGCGUCAGUAGAACCGGCGUUUCGUCGUCGGAAGCGAUUCUUUUAGCAUCGGUAGAGUCUUAUAGGAUUUCAUUGCCUCAAAGUUUCUAUGUAGUGCCACCAUCUAAGAAGAUAAUUAGGCAAUUGUUGGUUUUUGCGAUAAUAAUUAAAAAGUACUUAUUACUUCAGUGCCCUAGUGUUUGCUUGUAAUAAUAUGCGCAUUAUUUUACUUGUAAAUAAAAUGAAUCCAUACGCUUUGUUAAAAAUAAGAGUGUUAAUGUGUUUGUCAAUUUUUUUAACUUUUGGAGAUUUUUUAAUCAUCUGGAGGUAGUGUAAAUAUGAGGGUAGUUUUAUGGUAAAUUGAGAUUAUGUGUCGAAAAAAUAGGCUCCAGAGAUUUGCGUGGUUGUGACUUAACUCGGACGUAGCCUUCAGCUAGUUUAAUUUUUUAUUUUCAUAAUAUAGUAAACAUUUAUGUAUUCAAUACUUAUACGUCAAUACUUGUCGGUUUGUCUAUAGAAUAAUUUGAAAAUUAUUAUUGUGUCACCAUAAUCAUUCUAAUACAUAGUGUACCAGGAACCCUACAAGAUUUAAUUUGUUUUAAUAAUAGUUUGUCUGUUAAAAAUGUAUAAAAAAUAUAAUUCUAUUUUAUUUAUUUCACUUUGGGAUCUAAGGACAAUUAUUUGAAUGUUCUAGUGAAGAAUUAUUAUUAUUAUGAAAUGGUUUAUCUUAUUGUUUAUAAUAAGCAAUUUGAAAGAAUUAACAAAAGUACCAAUAGAAAAGUGUAGUAUUUAUGAAAUUGCGAGUGUUGAAUUAAUUUUUAAAUGACUGCUUAUUGUGCGACACGUAAGUUGAACCAAAAUGGCAUUUCCCGCUCAGGUACAGUAAUGAAUAGGGUGUUUGACACUUUCUGAAAACUAUUUUAGGUCAUUGUUUGAUAGUGUGUUUAUAUAUCAGUAUAGACCAGUGUGUUUAUGAUGUAUUAAACAAUGAUUUUAAAUAGAUUUCAGAAAAUAUAUUUCAUGGGAAUCUGUUGUAUUUUCGAUGAAAAAAAUUGUUAAAAUUUAAAUAGCGAAAAUCGCGCAAAAAGCCCUUCUCUAUGUAAUGGCGCUGAUUACGUGGUAUUUGUGACGUCUCACGCCGGUAAAUAUUUCUAGGCGACAUAUACUAUUUAUCAACUAUUUAUUUACGAAUUAAAAAAUAGUAUUACAGAAGAGAAAAUCAAGUUAAAUUGUAUGUUUUGUAUUUGGAUCUACUCAGGUUUUGUUUCUAAAAAUGACCUUCAAAUAGUAUAUAUAAAUACAAAUCUUUAAUAACAGUUUUGACAUGACAGCUUCCUGUUUACGUGUGACGUCACACGCCGGUAAACAGACCUUGUUAUUGGUUGCGACGACAACCAAUUACAGCGUGUUUUCGUCGUUCAUUAAGUUCCUAAAAGUAUUGCAUUUUCUUUACGUUAUUUUACUAAAGCAUAUUUUGUCUGCAGAUUCUUAAUAAUAAACUUUAUUAGAUUAUUAUCUUACAGGAUGACCACAACAUGCAACUUAUUUUCAACAGUGUCAAAUAGCCUAUUAUACUGCCUUGUUAA